AUAUUCAAGAUGGCGCAAACCGGUAUCAUAAGAUUUGGUUUUCUGAACUCUCACUUUCUAUUAAAUUUGUCUCUUCGAAAUGGAUGGAAAGAAUGUUCUCGAGAUCUAUCUAAGAAAACUUUUGCACUUUGCCAGUUUUGUUCCACAGCAUCAUCAUCUCAAGAAAAACAACAAAAUUUUCCACAAACCUAUGGGCAGAUAACAUCAAGAACACAUCCUGAUAUCAUACAAGAAGGUCAGGUUACACCGGGCCUCACAAAAAUUGAGUUUCAAGAUCGUCGUUUUAGACUUAUGGAACUAAUACUACAGCAGUUUCACAGAUUGAAGAGAAAUACUAAAAAUCACCUUGUUGUUAUCCCUUCUGCUUCCAAAGUAUUUAUGUCGGAUAAAAUUCCGUAUCCAUUCCGUCAAAAUACAGAGUUUCUGUAUCUUACCGGUUUUCAAGAACCGGAUAGUGUUCUAUUAUUACAGAAUGCACCAGAUAAAAAUCUGCCUGAGCAUGUUUCGACUCUGUUUGUUCCCAAAAAAAAUAACCACAUUGAAAUGUGGGAAGGACCUCGCACGGGUACUGAAGGUGCAGUCGAGCUUCUGGGUGUUGACUGUGCUUAUAGUAUGGAGGAACUUGAAAACUUUUUACAAGUAUAUGCUCGUAGCCAUCAUAAUUUUGUUCUUUGGUAUGAUUUUCUUAAUCCACCAUUACCAAAUGUUAAUGAACUUUUAAAAAGUUUUAUGUCCAGUUUGCAUCAUACAGAAUUUGAGUCUCCAAUUCCUUUAAUUCAGCAGCUUAGGUUAAUCAAGUCAGAAUCAGAAAUCAAGCUCAUGCAACAUUCAGCAGAAAUAGCAUGCGAAUCAUUGACGGAAGUAAUGAAAUCAUCACAUCCCGGAGUAAAUGAAACUCAGUUGUAUGCCAAGAUGGACUUUGAAUGUAGGAUACGGGGAGCAGAACGGCUAGCUUACCCACCUGUUGUGGCUGGAGGCUCUCGUGCUAAUAUCAUUCACUACAUUGCAAACAAUCAAAGGAUAUUACCAGGGGAUAUGGUACUAAUGGAUGCAGGUUGUGAAUAUCAUAGUUAUGCUAGUGACCUGACUCGGACGUGGCCAGUUAGUGGGAAGUUUACCUGUCCACAGCAAGAUCUGUACGAAAUAGUUUUAAUAAUUCAGAAAGAGCUAAUUGAAUUGUGUUGUGAAAUGUCCAACCUUGAUCAGUUGUUUCACACCAUGUGCCAACUGAUGGGAACAAAACUUCAAGAACUGGGACUUGUUUCAGGAAAACUGGGGAAAAUUGAACUUGCAAAGAUAGCCUAUAAUUUCUGUCCACAUCAUGUUAGCCACUACCUUGGAAUGGACGUACAUGACACUAGAAUUAUUUCUUGUGAUUAUAGUAGUAUUUACUUACCUGGUUCGACAGUGAUAACCAUACCAGGAAUUUAUAUAAAACCAGAGAACCAUCAAGUGCCAGCUCAGUAUCGAGGAAUGGGCAUUAGGAUCGAAGAUGAUAUUCUGAUCACCGACGUAGGACCUGAAAUACUAACAUCACGUUGUCCCAAAACUAUUGCUGAUAUUGAAAAGAUUUUUGGAGUUAAGAAACUCUAACUUUUUUUAUACAUUCAGUUUAUCUUAACUUUCAGAAGGCAUCUGUAAAUGUAUUGAUACUCAGAUUCAGUCAGUUAUGCUAAGUACAAAAAUAAAUGUCUGUACAGUGUAAAGA